UCGUUGGGAACACUGGGUAGUUGGUAUUGUCGCAUAACAAUAUGGCGACGGUGAAUAUGGUCAAUUGUAUCUAAUGAUUUACAAAUUGUAUCCAAGCAAAAUGGAAUCUGUUCAACAUCCCAUCGAAGACAAAACAAAUAUUUCAUUAAGUGAAUCCAUUCAUGUUUUCAAAACGGAAGGGAGUCUUGAAACAUUCAAGGCUGAGAUUGAAAAUUUGGAUAUUGUUGAAGAAUUUAUUGAUGAAAGUCGAAUAAAAGUCAAUAACACAGGAGCCUUUAUAAUCAAAAUUGAAAAUGAAGUUGAUUCUAAUGGUACAUCUGAACAAAGUAUUCCUUACGCAGUUCAGAUAAUGAAAGAAAAUGAAGAAAAAGAAAGUCUUGAAACAUUUAAGGUUAAGAUUGAAGAUUUGGAUAUUGUUGAAGAAUUUAUUGAUGAAAGUCAAAUUCAUAAGGAGCAAGCAAUCAUUAUCAAAAUUGAGAAUGAAGUUGAUUCUAAUAACACAUCUGAACAAAGUGUUCCUUGCCCCAUUCAAAUGAGAGAAGAGAGUGAAGAAAAAAAAAAUUGUCUAUUAAAUGCAAAACGAGUUACUAGCUGGAAAACUAUUAUUGCUUCAAAGCAACAAGACUGUCAUCUUUGUGAGUUUUCUUCAAAAAAUAAAUAUGAGCUCAAUUAUCACAUGAAUACUAUUCAUUUGAAGCAAUUCAAGUGUGAUAUAUGUGAUUAUGCUACUAAUAUUAAAUAUAGUCUCAGACAUCAUAUGGAAAGUGUUCAUUCUUCGAGUUCACAUAAGUGUGAUUUAUGCGAUUUUACUUCAAGUCGUAAACAUAACAUCACAAGACAUGUAAAUACUGCUCAUUCUAAUGAAAAGCCACAUAAGUGUCAUUUAUGUCAUUUUAUUACUAGUCAUAAGAAAUACCUCAAAUCACAUAUAGAUGGUGUUCAUAUAAAUUUGAAACAAUAUAAAUGUGAUUUCUGUGAUUAUGUUUCAAGUCGUAAACAUGAAAUCACAAAACAUAUAAAUACUGUUCAUUCCAAUGAAAAGCCACAUUCCGAUGAAAAGCCACAUAAGUGUGAUUUAUGUGAUUUUACUUCAAAUCGUAAAUAUGUCAUCAGAAGACAUAUAAAUACUGUUCAUUCCACUGAAAAGCCACAUAAGUGUGAUUUAUGUGAUUUUACUUCAAAUCAGAAAUAUGAAAUCACAAGACAUAUAAAUACAGUUCAUUCCACUGAAAAGCCACAUAAGUGUUAUUUAUGUGAUUUUACUUCAAAUCAUAAAUAUGACAUCACAAGACAUAUAAAUACUGUUCAUUCCACUGAAAAGCCACAUAAGUGUGAUUUCUGUGAUUUUACUUCAAGUCUUAAAAAUUACAUCACAAAACAUGUAAAUACUAUGCAUUCUAAUGAAAAGCCACAUCAGUGUCAUUUAUGUGAUUUUAUUACUAACCAUAAGAAUAACCUCAAAUCACAUAUAGAUUGUGUUCAUAUAAAUUUGAAACAAUAUAAAUGUGAUUUCUGUGAUCAUGCUUCAAGUCGUAAAAGUGACAUCACAAGACAUAUAAAUACUGUUCAUUCCAAUGAAAAGCCACAUAAGUGUAAUUUAUGUGAUUUUAUUACUACUCGAAAGAAUAACCUCAAAUCACAUAUAGAUGGUGUUCAUAUAGGUUUGAAACAAUAUAAAUGUGAUUUCUGUGAUUAUGCUUCAAAUCGUAAAUAUGACAUCACAAGACAUAUAAAUACUGUUCAUUCCAAUUAAAAGCCACAUUCUGAUGAAAAGCCAAAUAAGUGUGAUUCAUGUGAUUUUACUUCAAGUUGUAAAGAUGACAUCAGAAGACAUAAAUACUGUUCGUUCCACUGAAAAGCCACAUAAGGGUCAGGGUGAUUUUGCUUCUAAUCGUAAGAAUUAUCUCAAAUUGCAUGAAAAAGUCUGUUCAUUUAGAUUUAAAGCAACAUAAAUGUGUUUUAUGUAAUUAAGCUGGAAAUAUUAAAUAUGUCAUCAAAAGACAUGUAAAUUCUGUUCAGUCCAAUGAGAAGCCUCAUAAGUGUAAUUUAUGUGAUUUUGCUUCCAGUCAUUUCUGAAAAUACAUAUAGAUUAUGUUCAUUCAGAUUAGGAGAAAUAUAAAUGUGAUUUAUGUGAUUAUUCUUUCAAAGGGAAAACUCCCUUUAAAUAUCAUUUAGAGUUCAUUUUAUGUCAAAGGAACAAAUGAAUAUCAAUAUUUGGGAGUCUUCUUCAGAAUCUUAUAUUAUUAUGUAAAAAAGGGAUUCUGUAUUAUAAUUAUAAAAUGUCGAUA